AUGCCCGCCACAUCGACUGAGGCGGAGUUGCUGCCGGCGGCUGCCGCACCCGCCGGCUCCGGGCCGCCACCGCCGCGCCCCUCCCGGCCGCCCCCGGUGGAGGCCCCCCCGGCGUACAUCCCCUCGGGUGCCCCGGCGUCGGAAGCCGGCGCGGUGACCGCUGUGGCCGAGCCCCAGGCCGAGGACAGCCCGCCGGCCUCGCCGCCCCAGCCGCGGCUCGUAUCGACCCCGGCCAUCAGCGGCGGCAGCGCGCAUGCCAGCAGCAACAGCAGCAGCAGCAGCGACAUCACCUCCAACGGCAGCAUCGGGGCUUCGGCCGAUUCCCUGAGCCGCGAGGCUUCCAAGCGUGCCGGAGCCGCGGCCGACGCCACACCGAAGCGCGCCGGCGCCCCGUCGGACGCCACGCCCAAACGCGCCGCCUCGUCGGCCGGGUCGGCCGGCUCGCCGGGGGGCGUGGCCGCCGCCGCCACGGCCAUGGUGGCCCUGUUCAAGCCACGCCGGCGAAGCUCCUCCGUGUCCGACGCCUCCGGCGAUGAUCUUGACAAGGCCAAGCCCAAGCCGGCCAAGACGCCGAAUUCCUUCCGAUUCACCCUCCGGCGGAAUGGGACCGCCUCGUAUCCGCCGGAGCGGCCGCAAAUCACCGUGGUCUACCCGCCGGAGUAUGCGGCCAACGCGGCGCAACACUCGGCCGAAGUGGACGCCCACCCGCCGGGGGAUGGCCAUCCGCCGGCGGACGACCAUGGCGACGAUGGCGACGACGACCACCACCACCACCACCAGGCUCAUCAGCACCACCCGGAGGAGGACGACCCUCCUCGGGAGGAUGGGCACACUCCGGCCGGGGCCUCCGUGGCGGACAGCGAUGCCGAAUCGAUCGCCGCGUCGGUGGCAUCGGCGUACACGUCGCCGGUGGCCUCGCCCGCCGGCGGACUUGCUCCCUGUACGCCCGAGUCGGCGUGCGACUCGCGGCCAGCCUCGCCGGGGGUGGGGCCGGCGGCCGGGCCGCCGCCGCCCCGGCCCUCGACCGCCCCGCCGGAUGCGGCCCUCGGGCCGGGGGAGGAGGCCCCGCCGGGCAGCGAGCCCAGCCGCCCGGCCGGGUCGGCAUCCCCCGACGCGGAGGCCGACGCCUCGGCCAGCGUCGGCCGAUCGGCCAGCACCUCCACCAUCCCGGCGUCGGUCUUGCUGGCCAUCGCCCAGUCAUCGGUCCCCGGGGCGGUGUUCAGCCAGGAUGCCGGGGUGGCGGCACCGCGGGCGGUCCUGCCCUCUCGCCGGGCCGCCGCCGGGUCGGCCACCCGGCACAGCCUCACACCGGCGGCGGGCACCGGCGCCGCGGGGGGGCCCGCCUCGCCUGCCCCCGGCCGGCCACACACCCUAAUCAUCAGCGGCCCCGUGCCGGCCACCGAUCCCGGCCCCGGGUCCCCGGGCGCCGCGGAUCCCCCGAUGUCCCCGCAGUCGGCCAUUCGCAUCAUGCCGAUCCCGGCGACGCCGGCCUCGCGCGAUGCCAUCCCCGAGGUGUACUCGGCCCUGGGGGACAAGCGGGAGAUGCGCUUCCAGCUGGCCGCGCGGGAACUCCGCCAGACGGAGCGCGACUUCCGCUCCGACCUGGAGGUCAUGAUCCAUGUGUACCGCGCCGGGCUGGCGGCCUCCGGCUAUGCGUCGGCCGACAUCGUGGCCAGCAUCUUCAGCAACAUCGACGACAUUUGGCGCGUGUCCGAUCAUUUCAUCUCCGAGAUGGACACAUGCAUGGACCCGCCAGGCCCGGCGGUCGGCGACGAUCACUCCUUGACCACCGCCGAGCAGAUGGCUGAGGCCUUGCUCAAAUGCGCCGACUUCUUCUUGCACUUCAGCGCCUUUUGCUGCAACUACAACAAUGCCAUUCGUGUGCUGGGCGACUUGCCCGAAAAGGGCACCCAAUUGCUGGUGAACAUCUCCAAGCAGGUGCCCACUUGCCGGCAGCUGGGUCUGGAGGCCUUCCUCAUGACCCCGGUCCAGCGCAUUUGCAAGUACCCGCUGCUGAUCCGCGAGAUGCUGAAAUGCACCGAGGAGGACACGCCCGGGCAUGCGCGCAUGACCGAGGCCUUUGCCGCGGUCAACGCCAUCGUCGACGAAGUGAACCUCCAGAAGCGCAAGGCCGAAAAUGUGGAGAUCCUCCAAGCCCUGGCCGGGCGCCUGCGUGGCCUCGAGAAUUUCAAGCUCGCCGACUUGGAGCGCGAGCUGCUUCUGGAGAUCGAAAUCGACCUGAACUACUCCUGCUUCCCGGGGCACGACUCGGCAUUCAUCGGCUCCGAGCGCCGGACGCUCUUCAUCUUCAAUGACCUGCUCCUUCUCGCCAAGCCGCAGCUUCUCGGCGGUGACAAGCUCACCGUCUGUAUCGGGCCGUUGCAGACGUCCUCACUGGCGUUCUAUGACUCGCGUGCCGCCGAACGGCCGUACCUUCGGAACCAAGCCCGGUCCUCGGUGGCCGCCAUCCACCAUGGGGACUUUGCCAAUCCCCUCAACCUGGCGGAUUCCGAACCCGGCCCCGUGACCGGCACACAGAUCGACCUGGCCAAGGUGGGCCGGCGGUACGCCACCGCCGAGUACGCCACCCUGGACCUGGGGACCAACUUCACCAAGAUCACUCGGGCCUUCGAGAAGGCGGCCAUCCGCCGGAACCUCACCCAGGCACACCUUCUGGCGGAGGACUCGCUGAGCGAGUCGGAGAAGAAGCUUUUCAGCAUGCUGCAGCGCGCGGCGGCGGCCGCCUCGUCGGCUUCCUCCUCCGGGGCCCCGUCGCCGGUGGUUUCGUCCCCCGGCGGCGGGGAUCUGCCGGGCGAUGGCGGCCCGGGGUCGCCGGCCAUCGGGCCGCCGGCCGGCGAUGGCGCUGACCAGGCAUGGGCGCCCGGGGCCGGUGGCUCGAUCGACCCCCGGUCGCCGGGGUCCUGCUCGGCCUCGGUGCGCACGGCCAGCAGCUCGUCCAUCACCCCGAUGGCGGGCCUCCUGCCGGGCGAGGAGCGCAUCGACCCGCUGGAGGCCUACCGCCGGGAGCAGUCGCGGCUACAUGAGGAGCGCCUGCAGGCACAGCGCGAGCAGCGUCUGCAGGACGCCCUGCAGGCGGAGGCGGCCGCGCGCGAUGCCGAGGACCGCAAGCUGCUGGUCCAGGCGGCCAAGCGUCGCGAGGCGGACCUUCGCCGGGACCACAAGCACGACAGUGCCCGGCGCAAGCGCGAGCUGGAAGUCGAGCGCACCCGCUCGCGCGCCACCCAGGGCUUGCAGAUUUCCUCAAGUGUCCUGGGCGCCAGCCCCGGGGCCGCCGGGGGGGCCCGGCCGGGCCCCGCCGGCGGCCCCGGGGCCAGCAGCGGCUACGACGCGCCGGUCCCGGCGGUGCCCUCCUCGCGCGGACCUGCGCCGGCUGGCCCGCCGGCUGGCAGCCGCGCUGGCCCGCCCCCGGUCCCCCCGCCAACCUCCCGGACCGCUGGCGCCGGCGGCCCGCCACCGCCGGCGCCACCGCCCUACCGCCCUGGGCCGGCCGAUGCGUCCUCGGCCGCCGUGGCCGGCAGCAGUCCCGGUCGUGUGAUGGGGCCUCGCACUCCUGGCUGGAAGCAGUAG